ACCGCGGCUGCCUCAAUGCUGGUAUCUUCCCAGACAGGAACCGGGCCCGCAGGACGAUGGCGUUACCGGGGCUGCUGCUGCUGGAGUUGGCGCUGUACAUCAGCUGUUUCGUCUGUGGGAUCGUUACCGCCGCGGCCAUCACCAUCGUCCAGGGUAACUUCGGAGGCCGCUGCAUGCUGUACGGAGUCGUCAACUACAACUCUACGGCCGGCCUGAUCGGGAUCCAGUCGUCCAGCUCCUCGUCCCUGUGCUACUUCGUGUCGGCCAUAUCGGUCACGGUGGCCGUGGUGUGUUUCUCCCUGUCUCUGUACGGCGUCUACAUGUUCUGCGUCGACGGGGAAAUCGCAAGGGAGCGCACGUGGAUGAGCCUCAUCAUCGCGCUGAGCGCCGUCUUCCUGUUCUUCCUGCUCAUCACGGGGUGCGUGGCGAAGAUCGGACGGGACUCGCUCUGCAACUCGGUCAUCCAGAACGUUCCCAACGUCACCAGCUGUGAAGAGGCCCAGACCAGAAACUGGGUCAGUCCACUUAAAGGGGGAAGAUUCUACAACAGUCUGUACAAAGCCGAGACGGCGGUGUGGGUCAACUUCUUCCUUUGGCUCAUCAUCGGGGUGCUGGUGGUCCUCCAGAGGUGUCAGGCUUCAGGGUCAACGAUUAUUGCCGGAGGGCUUGGCGGGCCGGCCGGAGCGCUUUUCGGCGAUGCCGGGGUGACAGCUGCAGAGACGGAGCCAUUUUUUAACCAUUCCUAAAGGCCGAGGAGGAGGAGGAGGAGGAGGAGGAGGAGGAGGAGCUUAGUUUGCUUUUAGGAUGUUGCGGCCCUUAAGUUCAAUAGAACCGCUGCGCCUCGAUGAGGACGGGAUUGGAAACCCCCGCCUGCAGGGUUAACCACCAACGCUGUUCCAAGCUUGCUGAGAUGUACAUUGACCUCUGGGUCACAUUCAAACAGUGUUUCUGUUCACGCCACAGGAAACAGGAGUGUUUUUUGCAAGCUUUAAAAUGUUUUAAUUUUCAAAUUUUAUUUGAUAAAUGUGCUCAGAUUUUUUUAUUUUUGAUGCGACUGGCAGAUGUGUCCUUUGUAAACAGACAAAGUAUAUAAAAGCUUAUUUUUAUUUGGUACUUUUGUGUUUCUCCGAUGUGCCCAGCCGUUUUACUUCUGUAUCUUUAUUUUAUAUUUAUAAUGAAUGGUUUCAUUGGACAUUGAGUCAUUUCUCUUCCUUUCGUCUCAAAGUGUUUGUCAUGUGAUCUCGGAUGGUUCAGUCCAACUAUGUGAACAAAAGAAACGCUAUCUUAUUAUAAUAAUGCUAAACUUUUGAGUAUGACUUACGCUCCCGGCCUAACUCUUACAUCCGAUGCCUAGUUUGAGUUCUUCUCUUCAAAUACUUCUCCCAGUUUCCGUGUUCAGGGUUCAAAUGCUGAUUGAACCACUUGGCGUGCAGUGAUGCUGCUAGACGCUCGGCGCUCUACUUUUUAAACCAAAUAAACCAAAGAGUUCAAACACGAU